AUGGCGGAAUUGACACCUCGAGGAGGGCUUUUUGAGAUUUGUAAUUAUGGAAAGCUAAGAGGACGCGGUUUGAGGGCUUUGAAAUCAUCUAAGCCGGGUGAUAAUAUUCUUGAAUCCACUCCUGUGGUCUUUGUUUUAAGUAACAAUGUGCGCGGACAAUGUUGCGACAUGUGUUUUACCCAAGGGGGUGAUCUUCAACGUUGUUCGAAGUGCAAAUUUGCACGCUACUGUGAUAGACAAUGUCAAAAGAAGGAUUGGAAGGAACACAAAAUCGAAUGUGGACGGAUACUUAGAGUUUCUCCGAAUGUUCCAACUGAUCUUGUGCGUCUCAUGGCAAGGAUCAUGCAAAAGAAACAUUCAGACGCCGCAUUGUGCAAGUAUUUAUCUCAGCUUGUUUCCCACCACGAGCAGUUAGGAGAACUGAGGAAGGACGCUUUUACUACCAUCAUAACGGUUCUUAAGCAUUUUGUUGGAGGUAAAGAUUUUCAAAAAUUUUCAACGGCCGAGUUGUUUGAGCUUUUUGGCAAGAUAUCAUGCAACUGUUUUACUAUAUGUGAUGCUGAAUUACAGCCUCUGGGUGAGCAUAUUUUGAGAACUAAAUAUAGCGACAGAACAACCGUUUAAUCCUUAAGGAAACCAGUCGUAUUGAUACAAAGUCGUUUCGGGACAGGUCGUAGUAAGAUUUCCAUCUAACCCCGUACAUUUAUCAUGCAUACACGUUUCCACUCUAUUCUUAUCAAAAUAUUUGUGAUAAAACGUAUAUGAUUGCUGCAUGCAUAAUAAAUGUAUGGAGUUAUACGGAAAUCUUACCCAGCUCAUUUUGGUACAAACUCAAGCAUAAAAAUUUCGAUCAUUUCAAGUAUAGUUUGAUAGUGAACAAGAAAAACAUUUUCAGUUAAUAUUCGUUUUUUUUUUUUUAAGCCAAGUACGUGGAACUAUUUACAACUCCACUGAAUACACUUGUAUUGAAACAACUUUGUAUCGAAACAACUGGUGACCAUCCUUAAUAACUAGCGCAAUAAUGAAAUAUUUUUCUCUUUCUCAUAUUGUAGUCACUUGCAAUAUUUCUUCUGAUAAAUGGUAGUCUUCAUAAAGGUAAUGAGGUUGACUUGUCAUGCAUCACCUGUAUUCAGACCCUGCCAUUUCAGAGUGUUUGAUUCUGAUCCUCACUGCUACACUGUGAGGGUCAGAGGGAAAACCAUUUAAAGCUUCACCUCCACUUUAACGUCAAUAGAUACAGUGGAAUAGAAAUACGAGAAGCAUGUUUGUCUGUGAUCAACAGUCACAUUGACAGGAGGGUCAUAUGAUGUUAGGCUGAAGAGGGAAUAGUUUCACCAAAAUAGCAAAGUUUGAGAUGCACCAACCAUUCACUGUGGGACAUUGUGCAUUUUAAGGGGUUGCAUAACCAGUCACCUGAUAAGCAAAAGCAAAGUCAAAACAUUACAAUCUACACCACAAGUUUCUGCAUUGUGAGAUAAAUUGCAAUUCAAUAUUACAAUGAUUCUUUAUGAUGAUGAUGAUAAUAUAUCCUGCCUUUACUGUUUGUCAUUUGAUAUAUAAUUUUGGUGAUGACAUACCACUACACAUGAUAAAGCUUUCUCUGCAAUGAUUUUUCUUCAAAUAUUAAAAUAAAAUAGAUGCAUCAGUACACCCAGGGAAGUGCUCUAGGGGUGCCUGGUAGACCCUGGUGCCUUCCUUUUGCUCUUGGGAGACUAUAGACUGCAAAACAGUCUGUUUCUUUUUCUAAAAAUUGGUUUUUUAAGGAACAAAGAACCAGCAUUAAUAUCUUGCUUUUGCAAAGCACAUGAGCCCUUACAAGUCUCCAUUUUCACCCUCAGUAUAGAUCUUCAUUUAACUGCUCUCACUUCCUUGACCUUCCCAAAAAUACUGACUAUUUUGCGGUCCAGGGUGGGUAGGAAAUGUUUGUUUUUUCAUAAAUGUCAUCACCAUCAGGGUUCGAAAUUAACAGUUGUCCAGUUGUCCCAGACAACCAAAACUAUCAAUGAGGCAGCCAAUUUGUGCUGAGUGGUUGCCCCUCAGACAACCCAAUCUUCUAAGUCCUAAUUCCCUAAUUAGGAAUGAUUAUUGCAGCUUUUUGCCCUGGAAAGGUUCAUGAUCCUUAAAAGUUAGUUGAAAGAUAAAAAAGGCUCCAAACUCAACAUUUGGCCUGAAUGAACUUGUUGUUCUUUAACCAGCAGUUUAUGUAGUUAAACAUAGUCCAUGAUGCACUGUAGUGAGAUGUGCACACGUGUGUAUUCCUGCCAUGUUUGUUCCCUGCGUGCUAUAGCCUAUUGAUUCUUUGUGUAGCUGUAAAAAUUUACGCCUUCACUUUGGAAUUCACUAAGGCAGAUAAAGCUACAGCAGAUUAGUGGCACAAGACUUAGAGAGCUCAAAGAACUGUUCCUUGUUGGAAGUUUCAGGAUUUUUCUGUGACUUGGCUGCAAUUUGUUGUGAAAGGAAAUGUUAUGUUUUGUAGUUAUUGCUCAUGGUUUUUGAAAGAUAAAUCUGUAUUUGGAAACCUAACAGGCCUUGAUGGGGUCCAAAAACAGAUAACAAGUGAGGCACAUUUUCUUGUGAAAAACUAAAAAAAACUGUUAAUAAUUAUUGAGCUACCUCAGUGUUUUGCUUUCUUGGAUUGAACUGGGCCAAGAGGUUGACUUUGACAACCAAAAUAUUUCAUGGGCAACCAAACCAAGUCCUGUGGUUGCCCCAGGGGCAAUAGGACAUAAAAGUAAAUUUCAAACCCUGACCCAAGACAUGAUUUCACAGGACCAGAGAUUUGGAUUCCUGUCAGCUUUUCUAAGAGCACAGCCUUGAUGCUGUUCUAGGUAGACUCAUGUGAGCCCCAGACUUUGAUAAGUAACCCCAAAUCUGUGUCAUGAUUAUGCAUCAGAUACAGUAAGUGAACAGUGUAAGAUCAUAAGACCUUUUUACUAAGUGUUCCAAUUGAUGUUUCACCUUUCACAGGUAUUGGCAUGUAUCAAACACCUACUAUGCUCAACCACUCAUGUCAUCCAAAUUGUGUGGUAACUUUUAGUCAGACAAAACUUCUAGUCCAUGCAACAGAAGAUAUCAAGGAAGGUGAUGAACUUACCAUAAGCUACACUGAACUUCUCUGCCCAAGUUAUCAGAGAAAAGAAGAUUUAAGGAACCGUUACUAUUUUGAAUGCAGCUGUACUAAGUGUUUGUCUUCUUUGGAGGAAGAUGGACUCAUGUUAAGUUUGAAGUGUUCUGACAAAAGGUGCUGUGGAGCAGUCCCAAGAGAUUUGGCAGGUACAUUGGCAAUAUCAUUGUGCAGAAAUGAGAAAAGCUAUGUUCUUUUAAAACAGGAGGCAGGCACUCUUUUGUUGAUUAAAUUUCUCAUUAGAAAAGCUCUUGCUGUGUCAGAUAAAAAGUAAGUACUCUACUCAUCUCAGUGAGUGAGAGGUGUGCUUUCGCCUCUGUCCCAGGCCAAGGGGAUUACUCACAGAAUGUUAACAUUUUGAAGCAAGAAAUACAUUUUGUGGCAGUGACAGUCAGUGUAUUUCUAUCAUUGAAGUAUUUCUAAUUUACAUAAUUUACUUAAUUGUUAUUGUAUAUUACUAAUUGAGUUUUCCUGCAAAAGAGUGAAAUAAACAGUGAUUAUUAUUAAGGUGUAUUUAUAAAAUUUAGCACAGUGUAUAUUGUUUAUAUUUUUUUUGUUCAAAUAUUAUGAAUCAUUCUUUUCUCCAGUGGGCGAGUUUUCUGCUUGUAACACAUGUGGUAAGAGCCUUUUGGACAAGACUGCUGGAACUAAGGCAGACACAAUUAUAUUAAAGAGCGAAGAAGCUUUAAAAGACAUUAAAGCCUUAGAAAAAUCAGAUGACCAGCAAGGUGUUCUUGAUAUUGCUGAGAGGAUUUUAGCACAUCAAAGAGGAUUCUUUCACAAACUACAUUACAUCAAAGCAAGAAUACUUGAUAAAGCGAUGGAUGCGUGCAUUAAUCUGGAGAUGUGGGAAAGCGCAUUGGACUUUGGACUUCAAACAAUGAAUGCAUACAAGCUCUAUUAUCCAAUAAACCACCCAAGUGUUGGGAUUCAGCUGUUUAGGAUAGGUAGGUCAUUACCUCAGUGUACUAGGAUACUAGUAAAAAAGCCAGAUUUAGGAUAGGAAAGUGCAGUGGAGAGGGAACUGAACUGAAGUAAAUCCCAUCUGAGUCAUUACCACACAGCUCGUCUUAUCUUUUGAGGAAUGGGUUCUUUGCUCCUUAGGAGGGUUAGAUACAUGGGUGGGCCUUUUUUAGACCCUGUUUAAACCUUAUAAGAGGGAUUUGGUUUUCAAAAUGACAUUCAGUUUUAGAACAAUUUAGGUUCCAAUUUAGAUUCCAAUUUACGUUCCUAUUUAAGAAGACUUUUUUCUCAUUAACGCUGUCCUUUUUCCAGGGUAAAGAAACUGACUUAAGACAAGCAACAGUAAAAAAAAUCGGGCUUGUACGGGUUUCGAACCCUUGACCUCUGCGAUAGCAGUGCAGCGCUCUACCGAUUAAGCGAACAAGCCAACUGGGAGCAGGUCGCCUGAAUUUUUUUCAAGCUUUCUUUUCGCAAAAGAAUAAGUUGCGUAUACAACGGCGAUGAUCUUCCUUCAAAUAAUUCUUCACUCCGCAGUUGACAUACAUGAUUUUCGUAUAUUCAUAAUUUCAUCAUCAUCCUUUCACGGGUUUACCACGAACCGAUUCAGCGACCUGCUCCCAGUUGGCUUGUUAGCUUAAUUGGUAGAGCGCUGCACCGGUAUCGCAGAGUUCAAGUGUUCGAAUCCCGGGCAAGCCUGAAUUUUUUUCAGGCUUUCUUUUCGCAACUGCAUAAGUUGCGUAUACAACUGCGACGAUCUUCCUUCAAAUAAUUCUUCAUUCCGCAGUUCACAUAUAUGAUUUUCAUAUAUUCAUAAUUUCACAAGCAACACUCUCUCACAAUCCAUUAGGGAUACAGAAACCAGAAAUGAGGAAAACUUAACAGUCUGAACACAAGUGAAAAAGGCCAUAUACCCGGCUCACACUGGGAAACUUCUAUAAGACUUGAUUACACUGUACAUCCCGGGCUACGCUUGCAAUGUUCCACUUUCACUUUAAGUGAAAUAAGAGACCAUUUCGUGGCACAGACUGUUAGCGAGGUGUGACCAGCCUUAUUGAAGAAUUUUUUGUUUUACAGGCAAACUUCAAGUUUAUCUGGACAAAUUAAAAGAUGGGUUGCAGUCGCUGGUAGAGGCAGAAGCCAUUCUUAAAACUACUCACGGUAAUCAUGCGCUGGUUCAAGAACUCCAAGAAAUGAUAACUGGAACAUUAGAAGAACUAGGCAGAGAGGAACAUAAUAACAGAUUUCAGGGAUUGGAGUUAAUCUGA